UGUUUCAGAGAGGAGGUGUCCAGUGGAAGGAAGAAUGAAAAUAGUAGCAGCACUUGUGGCAUGUUGAAGGGGAAGUCUGUGCUGCAGCAUGAAGGCAGGUUACCAUUUUAUAUCUCAUCUCACUGCACAGCAAAGAAAUCAACCUUUUUGAGGGGACUUUUUUUGUACUAGUAGUGUUAAAGGUGUCUUCAAGUGUUCCUACUUUCCUAAACUGCAGUUGUGUAGUGAACUACUUUGUGUUGGGCGGAAAAAACUCAGUCAGUCUCAAGGCGCCAGUUCCACCUGUGUGGAAAAACGGAACUUUAACAGAACAAUUUACCAGCAUGUCUUCGAAUUCCAACUUACCCAACAUGCGAAGGCUGGUUGAACAACUCAAGCUUGAGGCCAGCGUGGAAAGAAUUAAGGUGUCCCAGGCCGCUGCAGAGCUCCAACAGUACUGCUUGCAGAAUGCGGGCAAAGACGCCCUGCUGGUUGGAGUGCCCACAGGCAGCAACCCCUUCAGAGAACCUCGCUCCUGUGCUGUGGUGUGAAAGUCACCUCCACAGUCACCUCGAACGGAGGGGUCAACAGAAACAACUGUGGCAUCGCACAGAUAGAAUGUUUUAUUGUGGCUAUUUUAAUAAUGUGGUUUUAACCCCUUAAUGCCUAUCAUCGCAUAUACGCUACAAUAUU